ACGACUUGGUAAAAUUAAGUAAAUUCUUAAUUAAAAUCUUGACCUCAUUUCAUAAAUGAAUCGUUGAGUGCGCUGCUGUAACGUCAUGACGUGGAAGAAGCAACUUACCGUGCUAGCGCAGCCCUAUUAUUGGGUAAACAUCCUGCUGGCAAUCUCUUAUUUGCUGGCCAAAAAAGCACCUUUAACAUGCAGGCGCAUAUUUCACAGCGGUGACCAAGAGGACCUGUGCGACUUGGACAGCCGCGAAACGGAGAUAUUGUUCUUCCUGCUCAUAGUUGUUAUGAUACGCUCACGAAAAACUGGCAGUGUUACUAUGAUUAACUAUUUGUCCUCGUCGUUCCUAUAUACAAAAGUGGCCAAUGCCAUUCUUUGGGCCUAUGCAGACUAUCGCUAUGGUGUUGCUUUUCUGCUAUUGUGCGUGCUGGUUGGAAUGUUACUACCAGAGCCUUCAUACCGCGGACCAGAGCACAUUACCUACUUCCGGAAUGCGCAAGUGUUCGAGGAAGAGCUGGACCGAGAGAAGCGUGUAAGCUGGCUAAUUUGCUUUUACACUGUUUGGAAUCCGAGUUGUGUAAAUUUUGCACCUAUUUUUGCUGAGCUUUCGGCGGAGUAUAACACGGAUCUGCUGAAAUUCGGCAAAAUCGAUAUUGGUCGCUUCCCAGAUGUGGCACAGAAGUUUCGCAUUUCAGACAGCAGUUUCUCUCGCCAGUUGCCCACCGUCGUACUGUUCCAGCUGGGCAAGGAGGUGGAUCGUCGGCCUUGUGUGGAUGCUAAGGGAAAGUUGCAAAAGUUUUUCUUUUCUAGCGAUAACAUGCGUGCUACUUUUGGACUUAAUCAAUUGUACAAGCAGGCUGUGGAGCGGUUGCCACCGGCUAAGCAAGUGGGCUUAGAGAGCAAAAAGUCGCAGUAGUAUCAAUCUGUCUAUUAGCCUGUAUACAAGCGGAUAUUUUUAUUUAUUUCUGAAUGUAGGUACCACUUCCAAGUUGUUAAAAUUUAUUAUUUAUUUUACCCUUAUGCAUAAAUUGACGCUGGCCACCGCCUAUCCACGUACACACAACAUUUGUAUUUAACAUAAAUUGUUAAACAAAUUGAUAAUUAAGCUUAACGAAGUAAUUAUAAACAAUAAAAUGUGAAGUGCGUAAGUGUAGUGAAA